GCCCCCGUUGCCGAGCGCGGGCGCGAGGGGCGGGGCUUGUCGGAGACAGGGAAGGGGGUCGCCGCGGCUCCGGCUCCUCAAGUUGGUGGCUCCCUCGGGCGCUGCUCGGCGGGCGUCGAGUCCGCAGGGCGGGUGGCCGCGGUCCCCGAGUGGCGCUCUCAGCUGCUGUCAGAAGCGACAUGAGUGCCGCGGGGCUGUUGGCUCCGGCUCCAGCCCCGGCUGGAGCGCCGCCGGCUCCAGAGUAUUACCCCGAAGAGGAUGAAGAGCUGGAGAGCGCCGAGGACGACGAGCGCAGCUGCCGGGGCCGCGAGUCUGACGAAGACACUGAGGAUGCUAGUGAAACUGACCUGGCAAAGCAUGAUGAAGAAGACUAUGUAGAAAUGAAGGAACAGAUGUAUCAGGAUAAACUGGCUUCUCUCAAGAGACAGUUGCAACAGCUGCAGGAAGGUACAUUACAGGAAUAUCAGAAGAGGAUGAAAAAACUAGAUCAGCAGUACAAAGAGAGAAUACGAAAUGCAGAACUCUUCCUCCAGCUGGAAACUGAACAAGUGGAAAGAAAUUACAUUAAAGAAAAGAAGGCAGCAGUGAAAGAAUUUGAAGACAAGAAGGUUGAGCUGAAGGAGAACCUGAUUGCUGAGUUGGAAGAAAAGAAGAAAAUGAUUGAAAAUGAAAAGCUAACGAUGGAACUGACUGGAGAUUCUAUGGAAGUGAAGCCCAUCAUGACCAGAAAGUUGCGGAGGCGGCCAAAUGAUCCUGUCCCCAUUCCAGACAAGAGGAGAAAGCCUGCUCCUGCCCAGCUGAACUACUUGUUAACAGAUGAACAGAUCAUGGAGGAUCUGAGAACAUUAAAUAAGCUUAAGUCACCCAAGAGACCAGCAUCCCCGUCCUCUCCCGAACACUUGCCUGCCACACCUGCAGAGUCUCCAGCCCAGAGAUUUGAAGCCCGGAUAGAAGAUGGAAAAUUGUACUAUGAUAAAAGAUGGUACCACAAGAGUCAAGCCAUCUAUUUGGAGUCCAAGGACAACCAGAAACUGAGCUGUGUGAUCAGCUCUGUCGGAGCCAACGAGAUCUGGGUGAGGAAGACGAGUGACAGCACCAAGAUGAGGAUUUACCUGGGCCAGCUUCAGCGUGGGCUUUUUGUGAUCCGACGGAGGUCAGCGGCUUGACUUUCUACGGUUCUCUACUUCCCUUGACUCUUUUUCAGGAGUGGUGUUUUGUUUUGUUUUGUUUUCUUCUUAAUAGAAAGUUUUUAACUUGGGACUUGCUCCUUGGCCUUGGAAUAUGGAGAACGCUGUGGUGGAUUCUGCAAGGCACUUUUGUGGCCAGCCACUUCCGUCUUUGUUUCAUUCUUUUCUGCCUCGACUUCUUCCAGCCUUCAGUCGCCAUGAGACUGUACAGGAGUACUGGGCGUUUGAUUGACUUAUUUCUUUAUUUUUUUGCUUUGCGUGUGUGCUUUUUAAAGCCUCGUUUGAGUUUGAAGGGACCUCUCUUUUUAUUAAUUAUCUUUUGUUCUUUCUACCGUGAAGAGGAACAGAAAGGGAUACUUUCUACAGUGCGUUUCAUGUUUUAAAUCAGAUGAGUGGAUCACAGAGCUACUCCCCUUGUCGAGCCCAAUUCACUGUUUCCCCAGGAGCUUGGGGCAGAGGUCCUAGGAGAAGGAGAUUAAUUCUCCUGGCUCUCAGCCUUCUCAGAGAAAUAAAUGCCUUGUGUAACAUCUGGCACAUGCCAUCCAUUCCAUGGGCGGAACGGACAGAAAAAUUUGCCCUGGGGACUACGUGCACUGAAGUGAUUGGGGCUGUGGGGAGGGAACAUUUCAUAUUCGUAAUGUGCUGAAGGUACCAUAUUUUAAAUUAUUUAAUGCACGUGGUUUAUUCAAACACAUUUGUUCUAGCUCAAGCUGGAACAAGAAGUGGUCAUUUCAGACGUUUUCAUUUGUAAUUCAGUUUUCUCCCCUGCUCCCAAGUCGGUGAGGUGGUACCCACCACAGGCUGAUUAUCUGGGCUGUCUGUGGAAGGUGUGGAGGUGAGACUGGUGGUACAAUUAUCAGUGGUCUACAGACUCGCGCUCAUAAUUCAAACUGCACUGUUGUCACCGAUGCCAUUGUUCCACAUUGGCCAUUCCAAACCCAUGGAACCGUGUUGGCCGUCCCAUACUCCCAGGAGGUCUGGCCCAGGUUGAAAGACAAAGAAAGCUCUGCCGUGGCUGCCACUGAACGUGCAUUCUUCCUAAUGAAUCCUCGCGAAACAGCCUCCUCCACACCCCCUGCUCCCUUCCCCUCAUUCCUAUAACUAGAGAAAUGGAUUCAUUGGGUGGUGGUGGUUUUUAUAUUAUAGUUGCCACCUUAUGAUGUUUAUAAAGUAUUUGGGGUUAGAGUCGGUGUUAGCAUCUCUACAGGCAACCAGUAGACUUGACACAUCCUAGGAAACCUUUGUAAGUAAUUCCCUCGGUCUCCAGUGAUUCCCCUUCGUUGCGUCUCUUGAUGUACACACCCCAAAGCAAGUUGGGGGCUGUGAAGACAAGUAAAUCACCUUCUCCAAAGUCCUGGCUUCCACAGAGACCAAACCGUACCGACUCAGAGUAAAGACUUGUACAGAUAGAUUUUUGUUUUAAUUUAUAAUCUUUUUUUUCCCUCCUGGUGUUGGAGUCUCAUUUAGAAAACAGGUUAAAUAAUGCUGUUUAUCAGAAGUUGCCUGGGCCUUCUGUGUUUCUUCUCUGCCCCGAGUCCCCCAUUAUUAGGAUGCUUACGACAGAGAACCAAGUCCACAGUAACAGGGGCUUCACCUUUUGUUUCUUCUUGGCGACCUUGGUCGUAAGUGUGGCUCUCUUUUGCUUAAUUGUCACUGUGGUGUGUGUAACAUCCCAUAAUAUCAGGUAGCUCUUAGUUAUCUUCUAGUGCUCUGUGAUGGAAAUUAUUGCAAUAUAUUUAGUGUGUCUCCAUAGAAGGUUUUUGUUUUUGUUUUAAUGAUUUUCUUAACUUGUCUUCCUAACAGCACACCAAAGUUUGUUUUUUGUCUGUAAAGGAUUAUAUUGAUAACUGUUGGAGGUUCAGCAUGGAAGCAGCAACAAGUUGCCUUUUUCCCUCGCCUUGUCUGGUGGCACUUUUGUGCUUUUGUGAAGUUAACUAUUUGAAGACCAGGGACAGGGCACUUUGGCCUUUUCUGUAAAUGUGAGGGUGUUUGCGGCCACGCUUAGGCCUGGUCUCGGCCCCAUCACUGCCUCCUGCGCCUCUAAUCUCAUAACCCUUAACAUUGUGAUUGGGUGAAAAUGGAGGAAAAUGCGAAGUGGACUUGAGAACAUAGCACAAUAAAUUAUAUUUUUGAUCCCAGAUUUAAUUUUUUUAUUUAGUUACUCCAGAGAUGGAGAAUAAGUAUUUCAACCACUCCGACAGACCCCUGUAGUGACCAGGGUGGCAGAGUCCCCUUGUUAGGCAGGAGCUUUUGUGAUAGGCAAAGCUAAUUACAGUGAAAAACAGACUGAGUCUUGCAGUAAGAGGGGGCCGGCUUUUAGCCCAGGUGGCCAUUCUUGUUCCAAAAGGCCUUUGUGUCUCACCAGACCCCACGGCAUCAGAUGAGUUCCCAAAUUCAAACUAUUUCCUGCGAGUGAUACUUCUGAUAAAGGUUGGUCCAGACAUUUCUGUUCAAGAACCUGUACGUGUGUGAUUCUGAGCAAGAACCUAAGUGUGUUUCGCGUGAGGCGUUCGCCUGGAGGAUUAUACACAGUGUUUGCUGUGGAUGUGUCCCAAUAUUUAUUUUACCUCCUCUUGGGAGUUUUGUGUGUCCCCUCCUCCCUGCUCCCUCUUUCCCCAGGCCAGUGUCCUCUUGAACAGUUUCCAUAUUUCUGUAGCCAUACCAAAGCCAGGAUGUUCUUAUUCGUUUGGAUACCAGUAUUUAUGGAUGUCUAACUACCUAACAUAACUUAAUUUUUUAAAAAAACCUUCUAACUGGGGCCAGUGUAAGAUGCCAGAGGCUGAUCCGCAAAUCAAACUACUUGUAUUUGUGUGCAGGACCCUGUGUUCAGGAUUGGGUGGCUUUUCUAAGAGAAAUAUAGUGGGGAGGGAGUUGGUUGCAUUUUUUUUUUUAACCUAACUUGGGAAAACCCUAUUUUUUACAAUAUUCUCAGUUUUGUUUUUCUAUUAACAUUUCCUUUUAGUCAUGAAUUUUUACUAAAUUUUCUCCUCACUUAAAAAUCUUGUUUCUAAUCUGGGGAUUUGAAAUCUUGGUACUUAAUGUUACACGAGUGUUUUCCAAAGAGUUCAAACCAUUUUAAUACCAGAACAUGGUAAAAAAAUUGCAGCCAUUUCAAGCAGCUGGUGGGCCUUUUAUACAAUAACAUCAUUAACUGGCACCAUUAAAUGUCCUGAGAGGUGAAUGUAAAAUGUAAAAAGUAUAGGUUUUUUUUUUGUAACAAUAAAAUUUCAAAGAGAAAAACAACA